AUAUAAAUAUCGGUUCUUAGGCAAAUGAGCGCUCAUUACCUUUUUGAAUUCUAAAACGCUUCCAGAGCAAAAACUUAAAUCUCUAGGGUUUCAAUACAGUUAACUACAGAACUUACGAAUAACGAAAAACGUAAUGAAUAAGCUUGGAAUUUCAGGAAUGAAGAGUUUAAAUCAACUUAGGUCAUUAUCAGGAUCAAUUUCUGGAAGUGGUGGAGGAAAAACAGUGCCUUCAAUGUCUUCAUAUAGAUCUUCUUCUUCAGAUUCAGUUUCUUUGGGAAGUUUUGCUAAUCUGAAACUUACUGCAGAGAAAUUAGUUAAAGAGCAAGCUUCCGUGAAAACCGAUCUUGAAAUGGCGAACUCGAAACUCAAAAGAGCGGUGGACCAUAUUCAUUUGCUGGAGGAGAAAUUACAGAAUGCAGUAAAUGAAAAUGCAAAGCUUCAAGUGAAGCAGAAAGAAGAGGCAAAACUUUGGAAAGGAUUGGAAUCUAAAUUUUCUUCAACAAAGACUUUAUGCGACCAACUUACUGAAACAUUACAACACUUGGCUGGUCAGGUUCGCGAUGCUGAACAUGAUAAGAAGGUGUUUGAAGACAAAUUUUUAGCAAGUUCCGAAGCAUUUGACAGCUUGCAGCUUCAGAUGACUGGUCUAACAUUGAAAAUUGACUCUACGGAGGAAAACAUGAGAAAAUGUGAAGAAUCGCUGAGUGAACUUAAAAUUGAGAAAGAGGAAAGGGAGAAAUUUUAUGUCAAUGAACAAGGCCGAACUGCCAAUCUUAUAGGAGAAAAAGAUGCUCAGAUCAAGGACCUAGAAAGAGCUGUUGCAGCAGACAGCUUGUGCUUGGAUAAUCUUAAUACACGGUUGGAAGAGGUCCAAAGAGAUUUGCGGUUGAAAGAAGACAUGUGCAAGUGCUUGGAAGAUGCUCGGAGCAAUUUGGAGAAAGAGAAGGGUGCUCUCCAGUCUAACAAUGAACAUUAUGCUAGGCGAUUACUUGCAUCUGGUCAAGAGAUAAAAGAUCUUCAAGUUCUGGUCCAUGACUUGGUAGAGAAGUUAAUCGAAUUGGAUCAACAGAGUGCAAUGGUUUCAGAUAAUGUGGCUCAGCUAAACCGUUCAUUUGACACUUGCUACAAACUGGCUAAGCAAGAGAAGGACUUAACUGCUAAUCUUAGUCAGCUCCAAUCUAAUCAUCUCCACAAACAAUUGGUGAAUGUUAAAUCUGAAAACGAUAGUCUUCAAUUAGAUAAUGAAGAGCUUAAGAGCAAGAGUGUCGAGCUCCAGAAACUCCAGGAGCUUUUGAUAUUACAUCAUGCCGAAGAAAACCGUUCAGCAGAAGAAAGAAUCAAGAAAAUGGAGUCUGAAGCAGAAGGUCUUAUUUUGAAAAAGACAGAAUUGGAGAUGUUGCUAACCAACAUGGAGGAGAGAAUAAAACAAUUGUCCGAAGAAUCAGAACUCGCUGAAAAUAAAAUGCGAGAAUUAUCACAGAAUAUUUCCACACUAGAAUCUGAGAGUCGAUAUAUUCAAGACAAGCUGCAGGUGAAGCUACAGGGAAAAUCUGAAGAAACUGAAGGUCUUCAGAAAGUGAUUGUUGAACAUGAGGAACAUGUAGCUUCCCUAGAAAAUCAAGUUAGUGAGCUUCGUGUAAAUUUAGAAGAGAAGGAACAGCUUCAUCAACACUACAUUGAAAAGGAGAAACUAUUAGAAGAUAAAAAAAAAGAGAUUCAGGCAUCUCUAGCUGCUGCAGAAAGUACGCUUGCUGAAACAAAAAAGCAGUAUGAUGUGAUGCUGGAAAGCAAACAGUUAGAGUUGAGUAAACAUUUGAAGGAAAUUUCUCAAAGGAAUGAUCAGGCUGUUAAUGACAUCCGGAGGAAGUUCGAGCUGGAGAAGCUGGAUAUUGUUAAUCAGGAGAAACAGAAGGUAGACAGACUUGUCGGAGAAAUGGAAAGUCAGUGCGCUGAAAAACUUGCAGAAAGCAAAGAAGAAUCAAGGCAAUCUCUAAUGCAAGCCCAAGAGCAACAUGCUUCUUUGAUUAGCCGUCUCCGGCAAGACUAUGAUAAAAAGGAAAAGGAUCUUCGGGAUGACCAUGAGGAAGAGCUAAAGCAUGUUCAACUUCAGGCUGAAGAUGAAUUGCAAGAGAAAACCAGAGUAUUAAAAGAAGAACAUGACCUUGAAUUGAAAGUUCUGAAGUGUCAACAUGAAGAUGAAUGCAGAAAACUGCAAGAGGAAUUGGGACACCAGAAAUCCAGGGAAGAAAGACAGAGAGCUUUGUUACAAAUGCAGUGGAAAGCAUUGGACGGGAAUCCAAAAGAGGACCAAGAAGUGACAUCAAAAAAGGACUACUCCAUUUCAUCAAAAAUCAACAUGAGGAAUACUGAUGGUGAAAAAAGAAGUAAAUUUCCUGUUAUAAAGCCCAAUAAUGAUGAGAAGUUUAUAAGAUUGACGCAAACACCAGUGUCGAGUGCGUUGAGGAAAGUUGAGAAAGAAAAUGCUGGAAACGUGAUGAAUAUUCCUAAGCAUAGUCGGAAGGUAACACGUCGGGAAUAUGAAGUUGAAACCACUAAUGGGGGUAUAACAAAGCGUAAAACCAAAAGCACAGUGAUGUUUGAGGAUCCAACGAAACUUAAGCGAGUGGCUACCCCCAGAUCUAGGGCCAUUAAAGAUGCCAUGAAGGUGAAGGAGGUAUACAAAGGAGGUAGCCAGACACGCCCAUCAAAUAUUGGUGAUUUGUUUUCAGAGGGGUCUUUGAAUCCUUACGUAGAUGAUCCUUAUGCUUUUGAUUAGAGAUCCUCACGGGUGCAGUGAGUGCACGGCGUCAGAUUGUGGAGGUGAAUCAGAUAUGAACUGGCUUAUUGCUAUAUCAUUUCAGUACAGUAGAGGGAAAUUGACCACUGCUGCUAGUUUUUGUAGAAGAUUACUGGCUGAUGAACUCAUCCAGCCUAGAAAAUGGAGUUUAGAAACUGUUUAUUUGUUUUUGUUUUUGUUUUUGUGAUAAGACUGUCAGACUACAAUAUUCUACUCUAAUGUUUUUGAUAUUAAGCUUUU